UGGAGGGUUGUUCUGAUUAUUAGUCUUCCAAUUCCACAAGUGGAAGUCAGAAGUGGAAAACACAUAUGACAAAGUUUUAGGGCUAGAGAAUAUGUUACCAAUGAAAGCGUUAAGAAAGAUCUAAAGAAAGUAACACAAGGAUCACUAAGACAUUCAAGAAAUUCUAUGGACAGGAAUCAUGGUGGAAGAUGGCAUUCAACAAAUUCAAAUAUUGGAAGUUGCUUCCUCAAAUCUGCCUUCCAUGAGAAAGUAUUUAUUUAGUGAUUUUCCCCUACCAUGAUACUAAGCCCCAGGAGCUUAAGCAUAUUGCCCACCUUUAUCCCAGCUGGAUUUCCAGUGCUCCUCAUAGUUCCUGACAAAUAGAAUCCCAGACUGCAGAAGGCCUGUGGGAACUAACGGAUCUCCUCCAUCAUUGCCACUUCCUAUUCUACCUUAGGUGGUUCCAUAUAUUUUUCAUUCUGACCCAAAUUAUUAGUUAAUGCAGUAGAAUAUGUGCUCUUUUCGACUGUGGUAUUUCCUCACAUUAUUGCCUCUCUUGGAUUGCCUGCCAAGGGAUGGCAUCUUCAGUGAUCCGUUCCCGCCUCCCAAGUCUUCCCCUGCUGAGAUUUGACCUUGGCUUAAACUGAACAGUUGGCGUCUCAGGGUCUGUUCAGUCCAGCACACAAUGCUUCAAUGCUUUCUCUCUCCUAUCUACUGCAUCCCUUCUGAAGCCCUAACACAGGAUCCUUAAAGCACAGAUACAAAACAGCACAUUACAUUCUUCUUCCUUUUCUUUCUAAGAUGGGGCAACUGUGGGCUGGGAGUUGGGUGAGUGGGUUUCUGGCCCACUUGUAUGUGCUUUUGGCCUUUGGCUUCCACUGUUCUUGCUCCGUUGCUGGAGGAAUCUCUGGGAAGUGGAAGGAAACAAUGGGCUGUGCUUAAUAAAAACAUGGUGGCCCAGAUUGUCUCAGGAGUAGGCAGCUCUGGACGUCAUACCAAAACUUACAGUCUUCUGAGAGAGUGGAGUACUUUGGAGGCAGGAUGAUGUCCCUAAUAACACAAUUCACAUCAUAACAUAUUUGCAAAAACUCAUGUAAGUUACUUAUUGAUAAUGUUGCAGAGUAAAGAUCAAGGCCCAGAGGAUAUAAGGAAGACCAGAUCCCAUCUGUAAUAUUAGGAACACAGAACGUUAAAUGUGGUCCUAGGCCAGGCCCUGGAGAAUGCAGAUGCCAUUCUUCGGGUCACACAUGCUGCUACAAGGGAAGGUGAUCCUGAGGAAGGAUUUGAUCACUGACUCCUCGCUUUAAUGUGUCUGGAUUAAAAUACCUUUGGGGACUCCAUAAGGUAGCACAGAAUGAUUUUUCUUCCCAUGGGCUCUCUAAGAAUUGCCCCCAAGAGAGUCUAACAAUAAAAGUCAGAAGAUUUUAAGCAUAGCCAAGCAUGCCUGAAAUACCAGAAAUCUUUCCUUAAAGCAGAGGCAAUCUCUGUGGCAUGAGCAAGUACUGUUUCCUCUGUUGAGGUUCUCUUGUUGUCUAGAAACCUCUAGUAGCCCAACUGUUGUUAAAAUAAUUUAGUGAAACUUUAGGUAAAGAGUUGCCUUUUCAAGAUAUCUAACAUAACUCUACACUUAGAUAAUACAAUUAUGCACAUAUGGAGUAUUCAAAAAUAAAUGUAAAAUACAUAGUAUAAAAAACUACACAUGGAUUUCAUUAGUUUUGCACCAAAAUAAACUUUUUAAUUCCGUUGUGCAUGAAUUUUUUGAUGUACACUGGAAGCACAGCUACUGAUUUACUUUUGAGUCUUCACAGAUCUGUCACUUGUAUCUAUACUUUUAAUCUUUAAAGUAGUUAGUCAAGGUUUAGCUACUCCCAAGCAUUUCUUCUUGUGGAAGGGUGGACUGGGCUUUCCACAUUCAGUACACAGAAGACCCAACAGGCAGACUGAAGGUGGCUGUCCAUUUCAACGUUGUCUGUCUGAUGUCCUGAUUAUUUACUACGUUGGUGAUUGAAUUAGACGGAAAUACCUGGAGAAAAUAUCUCAGAGCAUCAUUUCAAAAGCACCCGAGGAAAAUGGCCAAAUGCUUACUAGUAUUCUGCUCACUCUCAUUCUUCAUCCUGACACAUUUGGUGUUCACUUCGGUUUCAGGACCUCGACACUGGUGGCCACCACGUGGAACAGUUAAGGUGAAGUGUCCAUAUAAGAAAGUAGACUUGAGUUGGUACAAUGGAACAGCGAACCCUUGCCCAGGCUUAAAACAACCCAUCUGUGGAACCAAUUUUAUCACCUAUGAAAAUCCAUGUAUUUUGUGUAUUGAGAGCUUGAAAUCUCAUGGAAGGAUCAAGUUUUACCAUGAUGGACGAUGCUAACUGACUGGACUUGGAUGAGGAGAAAGAAAUUGCCAUUUUUUCUUCUCCAUGAAAAGCUUCCUAUUGUACCUUGGCCCUCCUCUACUCCUCCUUAGUGUUUCUUGGUGACAGAACUGUCCCUUACUGAUCUUAGCAAAUAGUUCAAGGUUCCAUCCAUGGAACCUCUCCCUUCAUUGAUUUGUAACUUUCCUAUUCUCCCGAAUAA